UGGUUUUAAUUUAAAGGUUUAUUGUUUAGAUAUUGUAACUGGCAUGGUAACUAUUGACCCUCUGAAUGACAUAGUAAAUUUAUUCUAAACUGUAAGGAACUUUUGUUAAGCUACAUAUAUGUUGAUCAAAGUUCACAUAACAUUGCAGUGAAUUAAACAAACACUAUUAAACAAAUAGUGAUGCUACCUGUUUCAAUAACAUGCCUAUCUCCCAUUAUCUGUGCUGAUUUGCUAAUAAGGAAGAAGACCUAAGAAAACAUUUUUUAUUUCACCUAUCUGCAUCAAUCAUUUGACCAUCAUUUUUCCAUCAACAUUAUUAGUGAAAUAUCUUUUAUCCGUUGUAUGUUUAGCUAGUUGUGAUCCGUAACAGUAAACCAAAAUGCCACCAGUACCUCCUGCCAAGCCCGAAUUUCCAAAAUUUGUUGACUCAUUAUGGUGCGUUUAUGCAGUUUCAGUAGUCGCCGCGUGGAACGCUGAAUUUUGCAGAAACAAUUUGAACCAGUAUUCCGAAUAAGCAAGUUCAGUAAGGAAAUGCAUCCUGUUAAAACGGGAGGGUUUUGUAAAAUUUGAUGUUUUUUGAUGGUACUUGAGAGCAGUAGAAUAUAAAUAAAUUAACCAAAAUGGUGUAACUUAUCCUUUAGAUCUCAUCAAAACAAGACUGCAAAUUCAGGGAGAACUCAAUAAAAAUGGGGGAAAGGUUCCAUAUCGGGGCAUGUUAGGUACAGCCGUUGGAAUAACCAAAGAAGAGGGGAUCCACAAAUUAUGGCAGGGUAUACAUGCUGCAUUUGCUCGUCACCUGAUUUAUUCGGGAACGAGAAUUAUGACGUAUAAAAGUCUGAAAGAAAAAGUUUUUAAGCAAAGUUCAAAGGAUGAAUAUUUUCCACUUUGGAAAUCAGCUAUAUGUGGGGUUAGCGCUGGCGCAAUCGCACAAUAUAUCGCUAGUCCAACUGACUUAGUAAAGGUUCAACUGCAAAUGGAGGGUAGAAGAAGAUUGAUGGGUCUACCACCAAGAGUCCAUGGAAUUUUUGACGCAUUUAAGAAAGUUUGGGCUUCUGGCGGCGUUAGAGGAUUGUGGAAGGGUUCUGUACCGAACGUUCAGAGGGCUGCUCUGGUAAAUCUGGGUGAUUUAACGACAUAUGAUCUGAUGAAGCGGUCUAUUCUAAGACAUACGUCACUACCGGAUAAUCAUUUGGUACAUGUACUGGCAAGCUGUGGAGCUGGAUUUGUAGCAGCCUCCAUGGGAACACCUGCUGAUGUUAUCAAAACUAGGGUUAUGAAUCAGCCACUAGAUGAUCGAGGAAGAGGACUUUUAUAUACAUCUUCACUGGAUUGUUUAAGAAAAACUAUACAAUCCGAAGGUUUUGGGGCACUUUAUAAAGGGUUUAUUCCCAUUUGGAUGAGGAUGGCGCCAUGGUCGUUAAGUUUUUGGUUAACUUACGAAGAAGUCGUCUCAUUAAUGGGCGCUAAAGCAUGGUAGUAGUAAAUUUAGCAUCUGUUGUAGUAUAUUUAUUGUUAUUUAGUAACUUUUAUAGGUGUAUAUAAGAUAGAGAAGAACUUUAUACAAUGAAACGUAUUCUUUUAAUUAAAAUAAAAUUUUAAAUGAACCGUGAAGGCAAAUAAAGACUUUAGACUAUUUUAUAAUAUUUAUUUUAAAUUAAUUUAAUUAAUUUGGAUGUGUGUUAAUCUUUGUUCUGUACGGCUGGUAAGAAAUAGAAUUAUUUGUUUUUUAUUUAGAGUUAGAAAUUAUUUGGGUUUGAAAAUUGGAAAUAAUAAAUGGGCUAUUUUUUAAAA